GCCUUUUAUCUAGGAACCAUUAACUGUGCCUGUAUAUGAAGUAAAACAUUAACUAUUUUUUUUCUUUAAACAACAGGAAGUGAAACAGGCUCCCAGCAAGGCUGAGACUUUGCAGACAGAGCCAGUGAGGAAAAUGAAGCUCCCGAUUUUCAUAGCAGAUGCGUUCACAACCACAGCUUUCCGUGGCAAUCCUGCUGCCGUCUGCCUCCUGGAAAAUACAUUGGAUGAAGAUUCUCAUCAACACAUUGCAAGGGAAAUGAACCUCUCUGAAACUGCUUUUAUCCGAAAACUGCAACCAACCGCCAACUUCACACAAAGUUCCCACUUUGGACUAAGGUGGUUUACUCCUGAGAGUGAGUUCCCGCUAUGUGGCCACGCCACCCUGGCUUCUGCUGCUGUGCUGUUUCACAAAAUGAAGAACACAAACAGCACUCUAACCUUUGCCACCAUGAGUGGGGAACUAAAGGCCAGAAGAGCAGAGGACGGGAUUGUCUUGGACUUUCCUCUCUACCCAGCCUUCCCCCAGGACUUCCAUGAAGUGGAAGACUUGAUAAAGGCAGCCAUAGGUGACACCCUGGUCCAGGAUAUCCGGUAUUCUCCAGAUACCAAAAACCUCAUGGUCAGACUCAGCGACUCUUACAACAGGUCCUUUCUAGAGACCCUGAAAGUGAACACAGAGCCUCUGCCUGGAAUUGAAAAGACAGGGAAGGUGAAAGGACUCAUUCUCACUCUCAGAGGAGAGCCUGGGGGUCAGACACCCCAAUAUGACUUCUAUUCCCGGUACUUUGCACCGUGGGUUGGUGUGGCUGAAGACCCAGUAACAGGGUCUGCACACACUAUUCUUGGCCCCUACUGGUCUGAGGAGCUGGGGAAGAAGGAAAUGCGAGCCUUUCAGUGUUCCUGCCGAGGAGGGGAACUGGACAUUUCCCUGCGACCUGAUGGACGAGUUGACAUGAAGGGCGGCGCUGCUAUUGUCUUAGAGGGAACACUGACAGUCUAGAGACACUUGUGCUGGGCUGUGGCCACUGCUAAAUACAG